UUCAGUACAUUUCGGCCUCCCAGACCAUGUCCUUUUCGAGUCAAUUUCCAGCUCCUUGGUUAAAAUGCAAAGAAAUAUUUUCCAUUAUUAGCAUCUUAAAAUACAACAAGCCCCUCUCAAUUCCUGCAAUUCGAAGAAAUAUUGUAUUCAUGGAUCAAUCAUUGGCUCAAAGCAGUGGAAAGAAGCACAUUCGUAUAGAUGUGAGCUCUGAUACUGUGUGUCCAUGGUGCUUUGUGGGGAAGCAGAACCUCAAUAAGGCUAUGGACUCAACAAAGGAUCUCUAUAAUUUUGAGGUUAGAUGGCAUCCAUUUUUGCUUGAACCUAAUGCACCAAAAGAAGGAAUUAAAGUGAUGGAUUUCUAUGAAAAUAAAUUUGGGGCAGAACCGUGGAAACAAAUGAGGUCUCGCAUGUCAAAGGUAUUUCAGGACCUUGGGUUUGAAUAUAACACUUCUGGGUUAACAGGGAGUACAUUGGAUAGUCAUAGGCUCAUAGAAUUUGCUGGGCAUCAAGGAGUCAACAAGCAAAAUGCUCUUGUACAAGAGUUGCUUCUCAACUAUUUCUGCCAGGGCAAAUACAUAGGCAAUCGGCAAGUUCUCUUGGAAGCAGCAAAUAAGGUUGGUGUUGAGGGAGCACGGGAGUUGCUUGAUGACCCAAACAAGUGCCUUGAAGAGGUCAAUGAGGGCCUAAACAAGUAUUCUGCUGCCAUUUCAGGAGUUCCAAACUUUUUGAUUAAUGGCAAGUACAGGUUAAAUGGAGGCCAACCACCUCAGGUCUUUCUGAGAGCCUUUCAAGCAGCUGCAAAAGAGAAUACUCUAUGAUAAAGCCAAAGUUAUAUAUGAUAAUAAUUUGCAUUUAAUACUGAUAUUUUUCACCAUACCACAUAUAUGGAUCAUGGGCCUCUUUCUAUGGUGACAACUAAGAAAGCCAAUAAAUGGGAUAUAUUCCUUUAACAUGCA